CACAGCUGAGAGACAUACUACUGGACACGGGAUCACACUCAUCUUGCAAGGACUGCUUGACUGUCCUUCUGUCACGCCAUGGAUAUUCUGUUCACAUCUUCCUUGCCUGCUUCAUGCCAGCACUCUAGAGACUAUAAUUUCACAACGUUCUGUCCUGACAACCAAACUUUCAACUCAUCAUCUACUGGUCUGAUUAACCCACCUGCUUUUGGAAUGUCCUACUUCACUAUGACCCUAGGUGCACUCUCAAACCUGAUAGCACUAGCAAUCCUUGCCCAUUCCUACGCCCGCUUCCGGCGGCGAGCCAAGGCACCAUUCCUGUUACUAGCUUCAGCCCUGCUUCUAAGUGACCUGGCAGGUCACGUGAUCACUGGAGCCUUGGCACUGCACCUCCAUCUAGGAAGAGUCAAGCAUCACGGAGCGGCAAUAAUAGUGGAGCCUCCUCAGGGUUACUGCAAACUGUUUGGAGCUUGCAUGGUAUUUUUCGGCCUUUGCCCUCUACUGCUAGGCAGUGCGAUGGCAGUGGAGCGUUGCAUAGGCAUUACACAACCUCUCCUGCACUCGACUGUUGUUACCGUAGCACAUGUCCGCUUCACUGUUCUCUUGGUCACCUCCAUGGCCCUUACUUUGGCGGGACUUCCCCUACUGAAUGUGGGCAACUACAAACCCCAGUUCCCUGGAACUUGGUGUUUCUUACCGGUGAACGGUCAGCUUUCCAUAGCCGAUGCAAGCCUUGCUUUGGCUUUUUCAAUACUGGGGCUCAUUUCAUUGAUCAUCUCAGUUCUAUCCAAUACUAUAAGUGGGCUGAAAUUGUUCCAGGCAAGGUUUAAGGACCAACGUGUUAAGUCAAGCAUGGCUCGAAGACAUGGGUCAAUUUUGUCCUCGUCUCUGCAUUCAUUGGAUGUGGAGAUGAUGACUCAACUGGCUGGGAUAACGGUGGUCUCCUGUGUCUGCUGGAAUCCUUUUCUUAUUUACAUCCUCAUAUCUGUGAUCAAGUUUUAUGAAGGAAUCAGCAGACCGGAGCACCAGUGUGAGAAACUGCUUCUACUAGUCUUGCGCUUGGCCAGCUGGAACCAGAUUCUGGAUCCAUGGGUUUAUAUCCUCCUGCGACGAGCAGUUCUGCGCAGAGUCCUUCAGCUGCUGCAGUCUGAUGAUAGAGUCAUGUUCACACAAAGCAGCUCUUACACUGACUCUCACAGAAAGAAAAUUAGUUUACACUGAUUAGACAUUUGUUUAUGUUAAUAAUGAAUAUGUUUACAUACAGUAUGUGG